ACACGUGGUUUGUGCAGGUAAUAAAGGUACUUGUACAUCCUCAUUGCUGGGAGCGUCUACCGGUGCGAUUACAACAUCACCGUCACAUCUACAGGAGAGAGGCACUUUGUACCUUAUUACUAAGACAGACUUGUAAUAUUUCAGCACGAUGGUGAAGUUGAUUGUUGUCGUGUUGGUAUUGUUUGUGGGCGCCUGUACUGCAGCCACAUCCUACAAAGUAAACACCAAUAUGACUUACGUGGAGUUUAUGACCAAAUCGCUAAUGGCGUCCAAACAGGCGGACAUUUCCAAGGACAAGAACAAACUGACUGUAAUGUUCGAGGAUCUUCAACAGGUCAACGCGAAUGGUUCUACAAUUGCUAAUCCAACCAACAGUUUUGCUGAAGCAAUGUUCACGUUUGAAAAUGCGACGGACGAAUCAACAGCCCCGACUUCCAGGAGACUGGUAGGCACUGCCAACGUCUUUGGGGGAACUCUCAAGGUGUCCAUUGACGUGUUUACCCAGGAAGGCAAUGUCCCUGUGGACGGUGAAAACACGACAACAGUGAUGAGCGGAGACGUGAGAGUGAUGGUAGAGAUCAAGGGCCUUACAUUCGGCGACAAUGCUGACAAACUGAAGCUGAUGCUGAACAUAAAGGGAUCUGAAUCUCCGGAAAAGUCGACACCUGAGGGGACAAACGUGGUCGCCUACACCCUCGGAGACGGAGGCGUUGUCAAACUCUCCAAGAAGGUAAUGAAGGGCACCGCUUAUGAGCCUGUGACUCCAAUGAUGUCUGGUAACGCGUUCAACUUCAGCCUCCCUAAAGAUCCCUCCGUCACAUACAACUUCUUCCUCCAGCCGGCUAAAGCCGAGAAUGUUGAUGAUGGCCCCAAUGCUGCUGCUACAGUCGCCCCGCUCCUGAUCACGUGGGUAGUGGCCAUCGCAUGUAAACUUCUGUUUUAAAUAUAAUACAGUCAUUGUCAGACUCUCCGCCCAUCUGUCCCGUGCCUUACUUGGAUUGGGCGUUACUAAAACCCGUUGAAAUAUAAGCUUUAUAUACAGUAUGUUGGACAAGGGUUUACGUCCCCUCCCAUAUGCCCUGGGUAUUCUCGAAUACGUUUAUAUGCAAUGGUAACCCCAUGGUUUUUGACACACUCUAAAAGGCCAGAUUACAUGUAAUAGUAUACAAGUAGUGACCUGCACCUGUAUUUAAUGUAAGAUGUUUGGAAAUGAUGUAUAUAUUUCACGUCCUUUGGCCGUUUAAUACCACCCUCGGCACUGCAGGGACUUGUAUCAGUUCGUCUAUCUUCAGCUGUGUGUUUGAGUAUAUCUGCUCCUAUGACGGCCAAUGACUCGAGGAGUCAGACACUAUGACAAUAACAGCCUGGCUGGAAUCCUGUAAAUGUAGCUCUUUAAGGGACGCAUAUACCUUAUCUUAUGAGCGGGAACGUGACGUUUUCAAUGUGGCUAUUGUUUAACCUCGUCAUACAUAGAUGACACCAUGUAAUUCGCAAAACCUUUGUUCGGAGAAUUGGGAACUAAACAUAACUCUUUGAAUACAGAGGUUCUGCUAUAGACAGCAGACCUGUCUGUGGUUUCUGUAAAGACAAAAUCCAUUUUGGUUUACCGUUAGUUCUCACUAACUGACUUCCUGAUUUAUCGAUGGCACAGCUGGGGAAAAGCAGCCUAAACAAGACAAUUUAAAACAUAAAUCUUACCGAGAACAUUUCCUGUUGUGGUGUCUUUGAGGUUAAAUAAACGUUAUGUUGUGUUGUGAAGCUACUAUGUCGUGACUAUCUAUGCUUGUUGAUUAAUAUAAUUUACAUGAUAAGAAUUCAUUAAUUAUUGUUAACUUUCACCAUGUUUUGUUGCAUUAUACACUUUUUUCUUUUGACCUUUCUACACCAAUAAACAUUGUAUAUACACAUAA